CGGCCGACUGAGGCCUGUUUAUUCAGCUAGCUGGCAGGCUAAUUGCAGACGUAACCACCACCCGGAAGCCUAAAGUGAAGGUAAACUAUUACCUGUUAUAAGUUCAGCAGAUAUGGGUAUUAUGGACGAAGCAGAUCGGACACUUUUUGUGGGAAAUCUUGAUCCACAAGUCACAGAAGAGCUGUUGUUCGAACUGUUUUUACAGGGUGGCCCUAUGAUCAAAGUAAAAAUCCCCAAGGACAAUGAUGGAAGACCAAAACAAUUUGCAUUUGUCAAUUAUAAGCACGAGGUUUCUGUACCUUAUGGCAUGAGCUUGCUCAACGGGACAAAGCUGUUUGGGAGACAACUAAAAAUUCAGUUCAGAUCAGGCAGCAGCCAUGUAAACCAAGAGGGAAAGAGUCCAGGAAGCACUCAGAAUCCCAGUCCAUUAAACACACCUGGAAGGCACGACCGGCCAGAUCAGAUGGGCUCUCCACUCUUCGCUACUCCUCCUCAAAUGCAGAGGUCUUUCUCUUCCCCUGAUUCACUACAGAAGCAAGCACUGAUGAACAACAUGUGGCAGCUGCAGAUGCAGCAGCUCCAGCAUCUGAACGGGGCCUUCCACAUGGGCUUCCAGCAGGCGUAUGGUCCCGGAGGAGGAGGAGGAGGAGGUGGAAUAAUAGGAGGAGGUGGUGGUGUUGCUCCUGGGAGUCCGUGGCAGCCAGAGAGCUCGUCCCAGAGAGGACACCGGCACUCCCCGCAGCAGGAGACCAGUGGAGGAGGAGGCCACCACGGCAGGGAUCAGCGCUACAGUGACGCAGGGCCAGAGCGGCACCGGCGCGACCACGGCCAGCGCAGCGACUUCUACCACCACGAAGACCGCAGCGGAAGCCGCACCCGAGACUACCCAGACAGGCGGAGGGACUCGCGAGAUGGAUCACGAGAGACUCCACGAGAGGCUCCACGAGACACGCCGCGAGAUGGACGUUAUCGGCGGUACUGAGGACAGGAAUUCUUAUGAAAAAAAAAAAAAAGAACUGAAUUUUUUUUUAAUGUUUUUUAAUGAACUCUGGGGAGAAAAGAAAAGAAGCUUGUUGCAAAGUGUUUUUUUAACCCUGGAUUUGGACUCUUGACCUUUUUAUGCUAAUUACGAGUCUGUGUACACAGUAACCUACAGUUACUGUAUAGUAAGAUCUUAAAAUAUUAUGUCAAAAUAUUUUUUUUUCUUUUUAUAUAUAUAUACUUUUUAAUUUUUUUAGACAAAUAUGUACUUUACAAUUGUAUUGUGUAUUGUUGGAACAAAAAAAAGGUACAAAGGAGAAAAAGGAAAAGCAUACUCCGGUUACACCGGUAUCUAAAAGAAAUCAGAAAAAAAAUGCUCAGACCUAAAGAAAAAAAAUGAUCUGCAUUUCAACACUCUAGAUAUAGUCCUUUCAUUAGUAACAUCAUUACCCCUGAUUGUAAGGCCAUUGAACAUUUAUGUUAUCCAUGAACCGAAAAAUGGCAGACAGAUCAGUUGUAAUAAAAUUUGUUUCAUCUUA